AAGUUAAAAAAUGUCUCUUUUAUUAAUCAAUUAAUUAAAUUUAAUUCUAAUUUUAUACAUAAAAGAGUUACAAGUAUGUUGAAGUGACAGGGCGUAAUAGAGGAUUAUAUAAAAAGAGUAUCGAGUGAAUUUCCUCAUAAUAAAGUGUACUACUAGAACUCUUGAAGGAUUUUGUUGGGUCCAUUGCCAAAUAUGGAUAUCUUAACUAAGCUUCCAGAAACUGAAACUACGGCGGCAGCAACCACAGCAGGGCGUUCGUAUCAGCCACCUCCGGCGAUGGAUAGUGAGAAGGUAGAUGAAUUGGAAGAAAUUAUUGGUUACAAAUUCAAUGAUCGAAAUCUCAUCGAACAAGCUAUGACCCACCCGUCUUUCGUUCGGGGCAACCGCAACAGUUCUUACGAUCGAUUAGAAUACUUAGGGGACUCCAUUAUCUCUGUUCUAUUCACAAAACUCCAUUACUUUGAAUACUCAAACUUCUCCUCCGGCCAUUUGACUCCCUUACGCGCCUCCAAUAUUGACUCCGAGAAGCUUGCGCGCGUGGCCAUCAAACACCAUUUGCAUACCUACUUGCGCCACAAUAAACCUCUCUUGGAAGAUCAGAUAAAAAAGUUUAGUAGUGAUAUUUUGGAGUAUCCUCUUCACUCAACCGGCCUUAUUGAAGUGCCUAAAGUCUUAGCAGAUAUUGUUGAAUCAACCAUUGGAGCUGUCUUUGUAGAUAGUAACUGUUGUUUCGAGACUGUUUGGACGGUUUUUAAAGAUAUUCUGGAACCUAUAAUUGAUGCAAAAACGCUAAAGCGUCAUCCAAUGACUGAGCUAUGCGAAAUAUGCCAAAAGAAUAGCUUAAAAGUUAAAAUGGUGGAUUCAUGGGCCCAAAACUCUUCCAUACAUGUUUAUGUUGGAGAUAAACUCCUCGGAACUGGAACUUACCUUCUCAAAAAAGAAGUUGCUCAAAACAGAGCUGCCAAAUCUGCUCUAAACAAUUUAGCUGAUAUGGGUAUCACAAUGACAACGGUCCCAGAAAGAAAACCAGUAACAACCCCAGUGGAUGUUAAUAAUAUCAAUGAUGAGCCAAGGACGAGUACUCCAAUUGCAGUAGAAAAAUUGGAAGAAACUCUUGGCUAUAAAUUCAACAACCAGAGUCUAAUUGAACAAGCUUUGACACACUCCUCUUAUGCUGAUGACAUUAACAGCCAUUAUGAUCGAUUAGAAUACAUAGGAGAUUCUGUUUUGACGGCCCUUUUUACUAAGCUACACUACUUUUUAUACCCACAAUUAUCAUCAGGCCGAUUGACUCCCUUACGUGCUUCUAAUAUCGAUACGGAGAAGCUUGCGCGCGCGGCCGUCCGCCAUGGCUUACAUACAUAUUUGCGUCACGAUAAGCCUCUCUUACAAGAUCAAAUAAAAAAAUUCAAUUCAGAGAUCUUGGACUACCCACUACACUCCACUGGUCUAAUUGAAGUUCCAAAAAUACUAGCGGAUAUAGUUGAAUCUACUAUUGGAGCUAUUUUUGUGGAUAGUAACUGUUGUUUCGAGACGGUUUGGAUGGUUUUGAAGACUUUAUUACAGCCUUUCAUUAGCAUAGAGACACUAAAACGACAUCCGGUGACUGAGCUAUAUGAGAUGUGUCAGAAGAACCAUUUAAAACUGAAGUUUGUUGAUUUAUGGGUAGAGACGUAUACUAUAAAUGUAUACAUAGAUGAUCAAUUAGUGGGAACAGCUUCAUAUGCUCCCAAAAAAGAGAUUGCACAAAAUAGAGCAGCCAAAUGUGCUCUCCAAAAUAUUGACACACUAAUUGACAUAAAAUCAUCGCAAAUUUAGUUCAUUUUUACACUGUCACAUUAGUGUAAAAAUAUUUAUAUGUAUCUUGCUUUCAUAGAGAUAAUAUAUUAACCUUUCGACAAAAAGAAAAUAAACAAAAAAAUUUCUUACUAUUUUCUGACUUUUUUUUCUUCUUAACUUUAUUUUCACUAUAGUUGGAAUCAUACAUGUGUAAUGUGUUUGAAUCCCUUUUCAUUUUCAGUGUUAACCCUUUCCUUAUUUCCUCAUGUGUCCACAUGGAAGUUGGAUUUUAGUGGUGAAAGAAAAAGAUAAAAAAAUAUAGAAAAAAAUAAAAAAUAUAAUAAAUAAUAAAUUCUUAUAUUUGGUAUAGAAUGAAAAAUUAUAAGGAAAAUAUAUGUUUUAACCUAAAAAAAAAAUUUGAUUUCAACACUGUUUUUUCUUACUCUUUCCUUUUUCACCAAAAUCUAACUUUCAAAUUGAAGAAGUCUUUUCUCUUUUUUUUUACUAACAUUAUUUAACAACAAACAUCAAAAUUACAUAUAUUAUAUAGCUUAAGAACAAAACACAAAUUAAAAUUAAAAAGAAACUAACCUUUGGUGGUGGUAGUGGUCUUGCACUAACAGAAAAAAAAAAAAAAAAAAAUAA